AAAAGCUACGAAGAGGAAUUGAGAGCACCGCAAAGACAAGGCUGCCUCGAACGCACCCGGACACGAGGGCAUGAAAAACAAGCUUGCGGAUUCACUGAAGAGCGCCACGAAUACACCAAGGCUAUACCUUCGCCGAUUCUCGCAAAGCGAACCCGACCGUAUCAGACCUGUCAGGCACCUAACACAAGUCAUCGUGAAAGUCCGACUUCCUCGAAUAACCCUACCGAUGUGUCUCUGUUCUCAACGAUAACGGGGUCUCUCAGCUGAAGGUGUUACGAAAAAACAGAAAACAUGUUUCCUUUCGCGUUAGAGUCGUUCCUAGGCCUCAUCAAAGCGUUGCUGGCCACCUACGACGUCGUGACACUACCCGUCUACGUCGUCUUCCAGAAGCCGUGGGUCUUGUGGAUCCGAAAGCGUGCCCGCUACGCUGCGCCCGCUAUAGAAGGAGACCCAACGUCCCCAUACAGGCGUCUGAAGGACACGCGCUUUCAGAUGCUCGAAGGCGUCAAAACGCUGGACGAACUGACCCGCAAGGCCGUCCGCGUCUUCUCUCACCGACCCGCCCUUGGCACUCGACCGGUACUGAGCUGCAGCGAGAAGAAGCUACCCGGUGGCAAGGUCUUCAAGCAGCUCAUCCUGGGCGACUACGAGUGGCUCACGUACGAAGAGGUGGACCGCAAGAUCGACCUGACGAUUCGAGGUCUCCGGUCGAUAGGCGUCGGACCUCGUCAGUGCUUGGCCGUCUUGGCCGAGACGCGCGUCGAGUGGUUCGUAACGGCGCAGGCGUGCUUCCGCGCCAACAUCACGCUCGUCACUCUGUACGCGACGCUGAGCAAUGAAGGGAUUGUGAGCGCCGUCAACGAGACCGAGUUGACGCACUUGGUCACGUCCGAGGAUCUUCUGCCCCGGGUGCUGAGCAUCGUUGAGAGGAUGCCGUCGCUUAGGCACAUCGUGUACAUGGACAACGCCCAGUCCAAGUUUCCAGUGCCGACAGCUCAAGGCCUCCAAGUUAUCCCGUUCCGAAGCCUCGAAACACGGCAAACAGACUCCGACGUCGAGCAAAGCCCGCCGACGCCGGACGACGUCGCCAUGAUCAUGUACACCAGCGGCUCCACGAGCGCUCCGAAGGGUGUCGUGGCCACACACACCAACCUCAUGGCCACAGUGAAAGCGUUCGCCUGCCUCUGCAAGACCUACGGAGCCGCAAGGGCUGGUGAAGACUCUUACAUCGCCUACCUGCCUCUGGCCCACGUGUUCGAGCUAUCGGCCGAGACGGUCAUGUUCGGCAUCGGUUCCCGGAUGGGGUACUCGUCCCCGCUCACCCUGACCGACAAGUCGCCGGCGGUUGCUCCCGGUUGUCGCGGUGACGCCACGCUGCUGAAGCCGACCACGGUGAUCUGCGUGCCCCUUGUCGCGGACCGGGUACGGAAGGCGAUCAGCGAAGCGGCCGCUUCCAGGGGGCCCUUCUUCAGCGCCUUCUUUGACUACGCGGUCCGGUACAAGAACUUUUGGCUCGAACGGGGCUUCGACACUCCGGUGCUCAACCGCUUACUCUUCAACAAGACUCGACUCGCACUGGGAGGGAAUACGAGGUUCGUUGUGUCUGGGUCGGCGCCACUUUCCAGCCACACGCACAAGUACAUGCGAGCCUGCUUGGGCUGUGACGUCGUUCAGGGUUACGGUCUCACCGAGACGACCUCGGCAGCCACCGUCAUGGAGCCCGAAGACAAAAGUACGGGCCGCGUCGGGGUUCCCCUCACGGGCGUCUACGUCCGCCUGGUCGACUGGACCGAAGGCCGGUACAGCACGUCGGACAAGCCGAACCCGCGGGGCGAGAUCGUCGUGGGAGGCGAAUGCGUCGCCCAGGGCUACUUCAAAAACGAGACUCUGACGAGGGAGUUGUUCCGCGAUGAAGGAGGCGUCCGCUGGUUCUACACGGGCGACAUCGGCGAGAUCUUCCCCGACGGCACGCUCAAGAUCAUCGACCGCAAGAAAGACCUCGUCAAACUUCAGCACGGCGAGUACGUUGCCCUCGGCCGCGUCGAAUCCGUGCUCAAGGCGUGUCCACUGGUGGACAACGCAUUCGUGUACGGUAACUCGCUGCACACAUACCUGGUGGCGCUGGUUACGCCGAACUACGAAAAACUACACGCGUUGGCCGCUGGUCUCGGCAAGCGAGACUACGAGACUCUGAAGGCGUUGUGCGGUGACGCCGAAGUGUGCAAGGCGGCCCAGGAGUCCAUCUUGGAGUACGCCAUCUCGAGCGACUUGCAGAAGACCGAAGUUCCGCUCAAGGUGAAACUGUGCGCCGAGGAGUGGAUGCCCGACACGGGACUAGUGACGCCUACGCUCAAGGUUUGCAGAAAACCACUGCAGAGAUUCUACCAGAGCGACAUUGACGCGCUGUACAAGUCGGGAGAGGAAAGUCGACUUCGCCACGUCUGAAGCGUCGCAACGAGAAGACAACGACGCAAAUAUCUUCAGAUGACGUUAAGUGAACAGAGUGACUCAACGUUCUACCUUGACGUUUUGCUGCAUUCACUUACCAACGCAGAAUUAACCUUUACUGGAGCUCGGUUACAAGAGAGGCGGCUCUUCAGAGACUGUUCAUUCUCUUACCCCAAACAUUGGACAGUGAAGCCCUCAGUGUGUUGGUGUCAAGAGGAAGAGUGGUACUGCUGUACAAUCUAGCCCAGUGAUCUCCCUGGGAGGAGAGACAGACUUGGCGCGACCAAUGGUCUCGCGCUGAUGUUGCAAGGUUUAUAUGAACCGUAUAAAUGUUCGCAUAUGGUUACGUCUUGUAUGUGUGAA